AUGGGGUAUGGUUCGCGUGCGAUUUCGCUCUUGACCAAAUAUUACCAAGGCGACAUGGCAACGGACAGCGCCAACGACGACAACAAGAAGGACGACAAGGACGAUGACGACUACUCGGACGACGAAAACCAACUGCGCAGUGAAAAGGUCAAACCCCGCAAGAAGCUGCCACCCCUACUCUUGCCGCUCACGGACCGCCCGGCGGAGCGCCUUCACUGGUUUGGCACGUCGUUUGGGCUGACGCUCCCGUUGUACACGUUCUGGAACCGUGCCGGGUUCAAGUCGGUGUACAUUCGCCAAACUGCGAAUGCGCUCACGGGCGAGCACACUACAAUCAUGCUCCACGCGCUCAACUGCAGCGACCUCCCCGCGUCGCCUGCGAAUGGUUGGCUGCACGAGUUCGUCGCGGAUGCCAAGCGCCGGUUCGUGUCCCUGUUGGCUUAUGAGUUUCGAUCGCUACCCGUGACGUUGGCGCUCAGUUUGCUCACGGAGGGUGGCGCGACUGGCGAUGGCGACCUUCAACGCGCCGCGACCGGGUUGAUCCCGGCAUCUGAGCUCCAAAUCACGCUCACCCCCUUCGACAUCAAGCGGCUGCAGUCGUAUGCCAAGAACAUGGUGGACUACCACAUGAUUGUCGACUUGGUCCCGCUUGUCGCGCGCUUGUACUUUUUGAAUCGGCUGCCGGAAACCACGCUGUCGUACUUGCAACGAGCGAUCUUGAUGAGCAUCGGGUUGCAGCACCAAAACGUGGACGUGCUGACGACGGAACUCAACGUGCCGUCGAACCAAGUGCUUGCGCUGUUCAACAAGGCCGUGCGCAAGUUUAGCACGGCGUUCCAGUCCAUCUUGGAAGCGGACAUUGCGUCCACGAUGGCGGUCCCGAAGCAAGUCAAGUCGAUGGCGCCGACGGCCGAAACAUUGGAAGAAGACUUGGCCGACGGCAAGGUGCAAGCGAUCAACUCGCUCAAGCAAAAGGAACUCCUCGAGUCGCUCAACUUGCAAAAGUACGCCGUUCGUGGCAACGACGACGACUGGGCCGCCGCCCUCGAAGAAAAGGACGUCGCUGACCUCAAGUCGGUGCAAGUAAAAAAGAUCAAAAAGCGAACAGGCGACGACGGUGGCGCUGCUGCCCAACCUGACGCGAAGAAAACCAAGAAGGGCAAGAAAUCCCACUCGAAAUACGCCAAUCUCAAGUAG